ACUUGCCCGAACGGUCCAGCGCUGCCCAGCAGAGAGCCCUCCUUUUACGCGGAUCCACCUCCGGCCUCUUCCGCGUCCUGCCCGCCCCCUCCCUCGCCUUUCGGUGGGGAGAUCCCUCUCCCGCUCUCCGGGUCGGCUCUUCCGUGGGGCUCCCGCCCCUUUUCGCUUUCCGAGCCCUCCCUUCAUCUCGUCCCGCCGCCGACCCUCAUCGCUUUAAUCUUGGUGGGCCCGGGAGGGAAGGCGGGGGACGUCAGUGCCGAGUGGGCUGGUCCAGGGCAGGGCAAGGCAAGGCAGGGCAGAGCGAGGCAGCCUCGCUUUACACGGCUCCUUCCCUCCCGCGGGAAGCAGCAGCCGCCCUUCUGGACUGGCCGUGCCGAGGCCUGGCGGAGAAGAGGCGCGGGACCGAGGUGACCCGAAGGGCUCCGCGGAGACGCGCUUAGAGGCGCUUUCUUCCCGGCUCUGGGAAUUGACUGGCUGGGAGGGAGGCUGCGAGCAGCGGCGUGGACGGCGGAAACACCCUACAUUUCUGAAUGGCAGACCUCUUUUUCUCAGAAGGAAAGACUCUGAUAUAUUGAUCAGGUGUGGAGUAUCAAACCAGAGGCAGUCCUCUGUAAACUCCCACACGGGGUUGAAACGUCAUAUGCCAGUAUGACUAUUAGCACAGAUGUACACACUUCAGAGCUCGGCAGUCAAAGAAGAGGAAGAGAGAAACAAGAUGUUUAGAGUCAACAGCGAAACUGCUUGCAUGACUACCGCCUUCCAAGAGUGCCUUCAGUUUCUGAAGUUGAAGAAUAAGUAAACGGAAACAAGGAUUACAUAUUAUAUUCUUUUUUCAUUUCUUUUUAACCACUUGGGAUUUUAGUCUUUGAAUUGACGUGGCCACAAGCACUGGACAGCAAUAUGUGUCAUGUCAUUGUUACUUGUCGGUCAAUGUUAUGGACACUCUUGAGUAUUGUUGUGGCAUUUGCGGAGCUCAUAGCUUUCAUGAGUGCGGAUUGGCUGAUUGGCAAGCCCCAACCUGGAAGUUUUCAGGACACAGACAGCAGGAGGGUAGGAUCAGUGGAUCCCUAUCGUCCAACCUUGGGGAUCUAUGGACGUUGCACCAGAAUUGAGCACCUCCAGUCUUCCAUGCCUGAUACAUCUUGUGGCCCCUAUGCAGAUAACUUCAGUGAAAUUGCCAGUGGGUUUUGGCAAGCUACUGCAAUUUUUCUUGCUGUGGGGAUCUUGAUACUCUGUGCUGUUGCAUUCGUUUCUGUUUUCACCAUGUGUGUACAGAGUAUUAUGAAGAAAAGUAUUUUUAAUGUCUGUGGGCUGCUACAAGGAAUUGCAGGACUAUUCCUUAUCCUAGGACUGAUCUUAUACCCUGCUGGCUGGGGUUGUCAGAAGGCAACAAGCUAUUGUGGACCUUAUGCUUCAGCUUAUAAACUUGGUGACUGUUCUUUAGGCUGGGCUUUCUACACUGCUAUUGGUGGCACAGUCCUGACGUUCAUCUGCGCAGUCUUCUCUGCCCAAGCCGAAAUCGCCACCUCCAGCGACAAAGUCCAAGAGGAAAUUGAAGAGGGGAAAAGUCUGAUUUGCCUCCUAUAACAAACACACUCUUCUCCAAAAAAAAAAAUCUUAUCUCAAAAAUAAUGGAUUUCAAGUAGCUACUUGGACUCUUAUAGGAAGAAUGAAGACAUGUAAGUGUUCCGAUAGUCCAACAUCAUAGAAGGUUGAAAGGCACUGAAGUCUACAGACAGUAUUAAAAAAUGUGAAGUAGUGAGAAUUCUGACGCAUGAAUAUGAAGGAAUGCCACAAAGCAAACCUGUUGGCUUUCCAAUUUUUCUGGAAACAAUUAUUUCAAUUUUGUCUUCACCAAGAUGAAUGAUUAUGAAGGAUUUUUUUUUUGAAGAAUAACUUGAAAUAAUUCAGGUUGUUUUCAGUACAUACAUUUUAAGACAACAUAAUCAGGCUCCGGUGUCAAAAUGGCAAGCACUACACUAUUAAAUUACUCCAUAGCAUCUGUUCAGAAAGCAGGUCAUGAAUAUUAAAAACACAUAGUAUUCUGGGUUGUAUGCAGUGGCACAUAGAAAGAAUAUGUCUUAAUAAAGAAGCAAGGCUUCCAGUUGAAACUAGUGAAAACAAUUUUCUUUAAGCAAUACUUUAAACACAUUGUUCAAUACAUACCUGAGGCAUGGAACUAUAACAAUUUAUGAGGAUAGCUUUGAAAAUAUAAGCUAAAUUACUUUUAUUUUCAUUACACAUAGUUCCAUUAUUUGAUUAAUUAAUCUGGGUAGAUAUGUAUAGCUAUGGGGAAAGUUUAGACUGUUGUAUAUGAUACUGAACUCAAUAUUUGUCUUCAAAAGAAGGUAUAGGCAUCCUCUGCUAUUGGUCCAGUUGUAACCAAGAUCACUACUGGUCAUUUCCGAGUACCAUCAGUUGCCUUCAAGUCCAUUUCAAGCACAAAUGGUCAUUGUGCUCAUCUAACAACAGAUACCACGUGCCUAAAUUGUGACCACAUGUUACUGAAUGCUUUUGGGACUUUUUUAGUUGCAUCUAUAAGAUAAGUGUAUUGAUAAUUUUUUUUUUCAAAAAUGAGCCUUUUGCAUUAGUCAAAUAUGUAAAAAUGUUCCGAGAACGUAAUGUACUGCACUGUAGUGAUGGCUGUAGAAAGAGAAAUGAUGGGAGACCUAAUGCCUAAUGUUCAGAUCCUCAAUUUUUAGAUUAGCCUUAUUAACACUGGUAUUUAAUGUAUCUUUUGAUAGACAGAAAUAAUACAUUGUAGUUUAAGUUGCCAGGAUGAAAUAACACAUCAAACUCUGAAUAGUAACUUAUUUCUAGCAUAUCUUUUAAAAUUAAAUUUUGAAUCUCCAGUGCAGAGGAAUGUACUGUACUAUCUAACUCAGGAUUUUUGUGAAUAGCCACUUCUUUAACCACUGCUAUAAGUAUUCCAAGGAGGCGUUUGUGAAUUGACUGUGUACAUGUACGUUUUACAACCUUGUUAAUUCAUUGAACACCAACACACUUCGUGAGGGCUUAAUCGAACCCAAAUUGCUUUUGCAGAAUUGCUGUCAUAAUACCCCUUGGUCAGAACAUGUUGUUCUCACGAUACAACCAUGAAAAGGAGACUGAACUGUUCACAUUUAAAAUAGUGAAUAUUGAAAUUUACUAAAGAAUUAUGCGGACUGAUCUGCAAUCUGAUUAUAAAGUAUGGUAAUAAGCAUGGACCCAGUAUGGGUCCAAAACAACCGUACCUAUUCUGGCAGAUUAACUUUCCUAGUUUCAAGCGUAAAAUGAUAUAAGCCAAAUUGUGGCCUGAUACUUUUUACGACCAGGUGCUUGAGAAAUCCUCACUCAUCAGCAAUCCAAAACAGGGUUGGUGGCUGGGCUAGAGUUAACUCUAAUAAAAUUUUGCUUGAAGUUCUAGUAUAAAAUCGCACAAGAAAUAUCUAUGCUGGAGUAAUAUGCAAUUUAUUUUCACUUGGGUACUGUAACAUUUUUGUGUUGUAGAAAUUACUAAGAUUGGACUAGAAUCAAAUAUUUCAAGUUAGAGUACUUUUUAGUGUCAUUAAUACAGGACUAUUCACAUACAUACAUUUGGAAGUACAAAUGUACCAUGUUUUAUAGAGUAAAAUUUAAUUUGAUACUGCCCCCACAUGAAUGUUGUUACAUGAGUAAUCCUUGUUUAACUAUGAUAAUUGGGAUUGGCAACUCUGUCACUAAGUGAUGUGGACAUAAAGUGUAAAUGUCACAUGACCACACCAUUUUACAACAUCAAUUGCAGCAGUUCCAGUUGCCGUCAAUAAGCAAAUCCUGCACAGUUAAGCACAAUGUCGUGGGAUCGCCAUUUGCCACCUCCUGCCGGCUUCUCUGUUGACUCUGCUUGUUGGGAGCUGGCAAUGAAGGUCACAAAUGGCAACCACAUGACCGUGAGACUCUGCAACCAAAGUAAUUGCAAGCUGGGUGACAAGUGCCUAAAUCACAAAUGUGACCUCAUGGUUAAUGCCACAGCCACAACUAUGAGGUAGUAAGUCUCCUUGUCCAGUGCUGCCAUAACUUUGAACAGUCACCAAAUGAAUGGUCAUUAGUCAAGGACUAUCUGUAAUUACUGUGACUAAGAUCAAGUGUACAAAUACUUCUGUCUAAACAUGCACAUCAUUGGUAACAAGGCUCUCUUAAUUAAAAAUGCAUAACCAGCUCUUCAGUGUUUUAAAGUUCUGCAUUCUGAAAAGGCACUUUGGAAAUUAGUUGAGAAUAGCAGUUAAAGGAGAAUAAAUAUUGGCCUCCUGAUAUGAAAAUAUUUUUUUUUACAUUUUUCAUACUCAUUGCCUUUCUAUUUUGCUCUUGCACAAUCUCAACAUGAUUUUUGAACAGAAAAGUUUGAAACAGUUCAGCAGUUUUACAGCACAUUUUAAAAAUUAAAAUCUGGGACAGUAUUCUCAUAUUUCCUUCUUUGAAUUGGCAUCAAAGAAAAUUUAUCAGAUAUUUUGAACAAACAGCUUUUACAAGACAAUAGCAGAAGUGAUAACUUCAGAUUAUACAGAACAUUUAUUUUUUUAAAGAAAAGGUACUAAUCCCAACAAAACAUUACUUUGCAUACUUCUCUUCAAGCAUCUCCAAUUUCUUUUUCCAAUCCAGGUUCAAAAUCUGUGUACUGAUUUCAUACAAUGCAUUCUAGUUCUCCAACAUUUAAUUGAUUAAAAAAUCACUCCAGUAUAUUCAUUGAUUGUUCAGCAAAUUUAAAUAAAAAAUAAGUUCCAAUAGAAGAGAGCAGGCUUCGUAUAAGCAAACAUUAUUUUAUACAGUCAUCCAGUAUUGUAUAAGGGAAAAUAAUAUAGGGUGAUGUCUAUGGGACAUAUGCAUUAUCUGUAAACUAUCUUCAGAAUUUAAUCUCAUACAUUUGAUUAUUUAAGUCAACCGUAUGUGUCACUUUUCCAGAUCUAAACCUAUUGUUUUUGUUGAGUGAUAAUAUCCCAAUACAUUGUAAUCCAUUUUAUUAGGAAAACAUUACAAUAAAAGUGAACCCUUAUUUCAUUAGAAAGACCUUUAUAAUUAUAUAAAAAGAUGGGAUUGCUAAUAGUUUACUGUACACUUCUGUGUCUCUAAUCAUCAGCCUCCCUGAAGCUUCUGAGUUUCAGGGUCCCUGGUGUUAUGAGGCAGGAAUAAAAAGGAAGGGAAACCAGGUAGAAGCAAGCAGGUGGGCAGUGGGGUGAGAGGUAAGUAAGGAAAAUUCACUUUUAUUUUUCUAAUUCCAAUGCAUUAACUUUAUUCUUUUUUUUUUUGGAACACUUAGCAAAUUAUAGUAGUUAUAACCUUAAUAAAAUUUCCUCUGCAAAAGUUCUGCAGCUUGCAGACCUCUUAAUGUUGGAGAAUCACAACUCCUUGCAUUGGUCUCCUUUUUGAGAAGGAUGCUAGCACUUGUAAUAUUCAUAAACAUUUGAACAAAUAGGGCUACCAGGUUGGAGCUAUAAAGGCAACCACAGAUGUCAGAUGAUAGAUGCAGAAAACCUGCCAUUUCCGUGACCUUCCAGGUUUUUACGGUCCAGGUACAGUAGCUUGACAACAAUUGAUAUAGCAUGUGCAAGUUCUACAAUAUGGUAUUGUAUUUCUGAUAGCUGGAGUAACAAUGUUUUUGUAUUACUGCAUAGUCUGUAAAUUGGAAGUGAUAUUUCUGGGGAAAUAUAUGGCACAAUUUUAUCAGUUGAAUAUUCAGUAUCACAACUUCAGGCUUAUAUGCAACAUCCCACAUGCCUUCUGUAUUUAAAUACUUAGGCCACUAUAUUCCCAACAAGCAAAAAUGUGUGGUUUAAGAAAUCUUUUGAGUGUCUCUUUUUUAAUUUUUUUAAAAUUAAAUAUAUUUUACAGAGUACUAUAUUAACUUCACACAAUGGCACAUAUGACUUCUUUUUAAUACAUAUUACUUUAAAUCAAGAAAUGGUUGGUGAUUAAACCUGUGUUCAGACAGCUCAAAAUAAAACACUGUGGAUAAAUCAUUUUAUAACAUUUAUUGUGUUAUCUUCUGUUGCAAUUUUCAGAUAAUAAUAAAUUCAAUUUAUAAUAUGUAUAAUACGCAGUAAAGACUUUAAAACCAAUUUGAAAGAGUCCAGUGGCAUAUCUUUGUGGAAAAGGAAAGUUACUGCAAUAUUAUUUAACCAUCACUAUAAAAUCUUUCUGUGGGGGAAAAAAAAGGAUGUUAAAAAUACAGUGAAACCUUGAUUUAACAGUCCAACUGGGGGGAAGGGAUGUCUGUUAUUCCUAAUUGUCCAUUAAAUUAGAAUAUAUAAUCUGUGGUGACAUUAUGCAAAGAUAUAAAUUGCACAUAUUUUGCAUUAUAAUACAUCAUUUGUGUAACCUUAUUAAGCAAAUGAUAUAAAAGUAACAUAGGUAUAUAAUGGCAAUUUUAUCCAUAGCAUCUGAAGUCUAUUGCACUCAGGUCUGUUAAAUCAAAACUUUACUGUAUUGUAAUAAGAUAUUUCCAAAUCUUUUGAAAUCUGGUUAUUCCAAGCUUACUCAUUUAUAGCAUACUGUCUCAAUGUGAAAAGUAUUCACAUAUUUAGAAACUUACGAAUUGAUCAACAUUAAAGAGACAACAGUAAAAAGUCAGUUGAUGAGCUACAGUGUGCUGUUGGGCUGCAUUGCUAAUUUAAUUUUCUACAAUAUUAGUAAUUCUUUUGUUUAAUAAACCAUAAUUAACCCCUGAA